UUUUCCUCGGUCGGUGCAACAUGGGAAUCCUCGACAUUGUGAAGCCUGGUGUCCUCACCGGCGACGAAGUGACUGCCGUGUACCAAUACGCCAAGGAUCAUGGUUUUGCCAUCCCUGCCGUCAACUGCACGAGCUCCAGCACUGUCAACGCCGUGCUCCAAGCGGCGCGCGACAUCAAGUCUCCUGUGAUCAUUCAAUUUUCGAACGGUGGGGCUGCUUUCUAUGCUGGCAAGGGCAUCUCGAACAAGGGUGAAUUUGCCUCGAUUGCUGGUGCUGUUGCUGGUGCCCACCACGUCCGUUUGAUGGCGAAGCACUACGGUGUCCCGGUCAUCCUUCACUCGGACCAUUGUGCCAAGAAGCUCCUCCCUUGGUUUGAUGGAAUGCUCGCGGCCGACGAAGAAUACUUCGCCGUCCACGGCGUGCCCCUGUUUUCGUCGCAUAUGUUGGACUUGUCUGAGGAAUCCUUGGAAGAAAACGUCCACAUCAGCAAGGAAUACUUCAAGCGCAUGGCCAAGAUCAACUUGACCUUGGAAAUUGAAUUGGGUAUUACCGGCGGUGAAGAAGACGGUGUUGACAACAGCGGCGUCGACAACUCGUCGUUGUACUCGCAACCCUCGGACAUUUUGUACGCUUACGAACAAUUGUCGGAAGUGUCGCACCGCUUCACCAUUGCCGCUGCUUUCGGUAACGUGCACGGUGUGUACAAGCCUGGCAACGUGAAGCUGCACCCCGAGUUGUUGGAAGGCUUCCAAGCCCAUGUUGCGGCCAAGCUGAACAACGGCAUCACCAAGCCCGUGUUCUUUGUGUUCCACGGCGGCUCUGGCUCGACCGAAUUGGAAAUCCAAACUGCUGUCAAGGCCGGUGUCGUCAAGAUGAACAUCGACACGGACACGCAAUGGGCGUACUGGAACGGUCUCCGCACGUUCUACAAGGAAAAGGAAGGGUACCUCCAAGGCCAAAUCGGCAACCCCGAAGGUGCCGACAAGCCCAACAAGAAGUACUACGACCCCCGCGUGUGGGUGCGCAAGGCCGAAGAAGCCAUGAUCACGCGCGUGCAUGAAGCUUUCCGCAACCUCAACAGCGCCAAUGUGUUGUAACUAUUCUACUAACUACUCUUGUCUCAACUCGCAUCGUUCUGAAUGUCCCCUCGCUUGAUUUGCGUCCACGAGGACGCGAGUUUCUCCGACAGGAAGCCGGUCGGUGAUCUUCCACGUGAUGAAAACGUCGUUGAGGCGCCAACUCGUCGUCAACGAUGAUGUGAACGUGAUACAGUCGGUUGGAAAGAUGGACAUGGGUUGCCUCGUACGUUCUGAGAGCAGCCAGAAGAGUGAGCGGCGCUUAGAUCGAUGCACCUGAAGCUGUUCGCUCGAUGGGCCUCUGCGGUCGGCUUCCAGCGCUGCUCCCAUCGCAAGGCGGCGACCCUUGCGUGGUUUCGUGACGCUGCCAGCGUGGUUUGACG